UCUCUCUCUCUCUCUCUCUCUCUCUACAUCGCAGUUUUCACGUUUUGUGGACCUUUUUCGGUGUUCCAUUCUCUCUGUCUCCUCUGCAACCAGCUUCCACAAGGUAGUCGCCACCGUCUCCCUCCCCUCGAGAGCGUCCUCCGAUCGCCGUUACCCGGUGAGCAGUUCGCUUCGAGGUGUGCGCGCAAUCCCGGGAGAUCCUCCUCCGCCGCUCGAUAUCUCCGUGUCGCCUGCCGUCAACUCGGUCUUGUUCUGUGCUUCAGCACAAUCGUUCAUGUUGUUUUGGGUUUAAGGAUUUGCCUGUAUGAAUCAGUGACGUUCCUUCUCUACUUCUAAUGGCAUCACGAUCUUAUAUGAAUUUCUCGGAUCUGGCUACUGGGGAUCUUUUGGAUAUCGUUCCAAUUCCUAGAGCUCUUCCAAGGGUCAUCAAGGUGCCAGGUAUUAUAUCUGAUUUGGAUGGUAAUGGCAGUCCUGAUGGAGAUUCUGAUGCCACUUCAUCUGGUUUUCAUGAGCGGAAAAUCAUUGUUGCAAAUAUGUUGCCUUUGCAUGCUAAAAGGGAUAUGGAAACAGAGAAGUGGAGUUUCAGUCUAGAUAAGGAUUCAAUAUUACUACAAGUAAAGGAUGGUUUCUCGUCUGAAACUGAGAUACUUUAUGUGGGUUCUCUCAAGGUUGAAAUAGAUGCGAGUGAGCACGAAGAAGUUGCUCAGAAAUUGUUGGAGGAUUUCAAUUGUGUUCCAACUUUUCUACCUCAUGAUCUUCAGAAAAAGUUUUAUCUUGGAUUCUGCAAACAACAGUUAUGGCCCCUUUUCCAUUACAUGCUUCCCAUGUGUGCAGACCAUGGGGAGCGUUUUGACCGUUCGCUUUGGCAAGCAUAUGUAUCUGCAAACAAAAUUUUCGCAGACAAGGUGAUGGAAAUCAUAAGUCCUGACGAUGACUAUGUUUGGGUUCAUGAUUAUCACCUCAUGGUCCUACCCACAUUUCUAAGAAAGCGAUUUCAUCGUGUCAAACUCGGAUUCUUCCUCCACAGUCCUUUUCCUUCAUCAGAAAUUUAUAGAACCUUGCCUGUCCGGGAUGAGAUCUUGAGGGGAUUGCUGAACUGUGACCUUAUAGGUUUCCAUACAUUUGAUUAUGCGCGCCAUUUCCUUUCAUGCUGUAGUAGAAUGCUGGGCCUGGAUUAUGAAUCUAAGCGAGGGUAUAUUGGACUGGAGUAUUUUGGUCGGACAGUGUAUAUCAAAAUUUUGCCUGUAGGUGUUCACAUGGGCCGGCUUGAAUCUGUCCUUAAUCUUCCUGCUACAUCCACCAAAGUCAAGGAGAUUCAAGAACAGUUCAAGGGGAAGAAAGUGAUUAUUGGUGUUGAUGACAUGGAUAUUUUUAAGGGCAUCAGUCUAAAACUACUCGCCAUGGAGCAACUCUUGCAGCAGGAUCUGCAAUUACGUGGCAAAAUAGUCCUUGUUCAAAUUGUUAAUCCAGCUAGAGGUUUAGGCAAAGAUGUCCAAGAAGCAAAAAAGGAGAUGUAUUUAACUGCCAAAAGGAUUAAUGAAGCUUAUGGUGCCGCUGGUUAUGAGCCAGUGGUUUUAGUUGACCGUCCUGUUCCGCGUUACGAGAAGAGUGCCUAUUACGCAGUAGCAGAAUGCUGCAUAGUGAAUGCUGUGAGGGAUGGGAUGAAUUUAGUUCCUUACAAGUAUAUUGUCUGCAGGCAGGGAACUCCAAGCAUGGAGGAAGCACUGGGCAUAACAAAGGACACUCCCCGCACGAGCAUGCUCGUAGUUUCUGAGUUCAUUGGUUGCUCGCCUUCUCUUAGUGGAGCAAUCAGGGUCAAUCCUUGGGACAUUGAUGCUGUGGCUGAUGCAUUAAGUUCAGCAAUAAACAUGAGAAGUUCUGAGAAGCAAUUAAGACACGAGAAACAUUACAAAUAUGUCAGUACUCAUGAUGUGGCAUAUUGGGCACGCAGCUUCGCACAAGAUCUGGAGAGAGCAUGCCAAGAUCAUUACAAGAAGCGGUGCUGGGCAUUUGGUCUGGGAUUGGGAUUCAGAGUUCUCUCUCUUUCUCCCAGCUUUAGAAGGUUAUUAACUGAUCACGCAGUCGCUUCUUAUAGGACGACAAAUAGAAGAGCUAUAUUUCUGGAUUAUGAUGGCACUGUUGUUCCUGAAGCUUCUAUUAGUAAAAUGCCAGGCCCUGAAAUCCUUUCUGUUUUGAAUACUCUCUGUAAUGAUCCAAAGAACACUGUAUUUAUUAUAAGUGGGAGGGGGAGAAAAUCAUUAAGUGAGUGGCUUUCUUCUUGCAAGAUGCUUGGAAUAGCUGCUGAGCAUGGGUAUUUUAUAAGGUGGAACAAUGAAGCUGAGUGGGAAACCAGUUCAUUGGCUGCUGAUCUUGAUUGGAAGAAUACCGUGGAACCUAUAAUGAAAUCAUACACAGAAGCAACUGAUGGGUCAAGCAUAGAGUACAAGGAGAGCGCUUUGGUGUGGCACCAUCAGGAUGCAGACCCCGAUUUUGGAUCAUGCCAAGCCAAGGAAUUGUUGGGUCAUCUGGAGAGUGUGCUUGCUAAUGAACCUGUAGUUGUUAAGAGGGGACAGCAAAUUGUGGAGGUCAAACCUCAGGGAGUAAGUAAAGGAUUGGUUGCGGAGAAGGUUUUGAUGACAAUGGUUAAUGGCGCCGGGCCACCGGACUUCGUAAUGUGCAUUGGUGAUGACAGAUCUGAUGAGGAUAUGUUUGAGAGCAUAUUGAGCACUGUCUCUGGAGCCCCUCUUUCCGUGGCUCCCGAAAUUUUCGCCUGCACAGUGGGGCAGAAGCCAAGCAAGGCAAAAUAUUAUCUGAAUGAUGUUGGCGGCGUUGUGCAAUUGCUUCAAGGCCUUGCUAGUGCUUCAUGUCCGAAAGCUAGAUAUGUCGCACAAUCACAAGUUUCUUUUGAAAGUUUUGUUUGAGUUGAAUCGGAAUGGAGUAUGAUGCGGUUCUCUUUGGCUGCCAUCAUUGCUCUGCUCGAAAGGAUUGGCAUCUGGGAAUUGUGGAAGGUUGCCUUUUGGGUGUUGUGCUAGUUAAAUAGGCAAAUAAGGAGACUCGUCCUGUUUUGCGUUGGCUCGUCUGCUAGGAGCAAGCAGUGAUGGCGAAUGCGCGGAAGUAGGGCAAAGAUGACACUUUCUGUCCUUGUAAAUCGUGACAAGAGAUUUCGUGUUUUAAGCGGUGCCAUUUGAUUUGAUUAUAGAUGUCCAUAGUGCUUGAUUUCACUAAUGGGCGGCACCAUCGAUUUGUACAGGUGAAACAAUUCAAAUUCCAUACGAACGUGUUCUGUCGAACAAUUUGUUUCCUUGUAAUGGUCAGCAAAGUCGAGCAUUGAGUUCUGAGAGAAAUGGUUCAUGCAUAUGAGUAUAUGGCUGAACAUGCAGUUCAUCAACUGCAAGCCUUUGAAA